AUGAAGAAAAAAUUUCGUUGUGGACGCUUGGUUAUUAACAAAAAUGGUGAAGUAAAAAAACUUGAACUUAUACAAGGUGGUGGCACGCGUGACUGUAAUUUGACUCAUGUUGAUAUAGGUUUCGAUGAACUUCAUGAUAUAAUUAGAGAUGUUUUCUUCAAAGGUAAAUCUAAUUUUAAAUCAGAAUUAUACGAUUUUCAACAAAAGAAAUUGGAUACUAAUCGAUAUCCAACUUUCGUCGAAUAUGUCUUGAAAAAUGGUUUAAAAUUUAAUAAUACUUUACUAUAUUUAUGUACACAACAAGAUAAUGAUUUUUCUGCUGAUUCAUCUUCACCUGAGAAAAGAAAGAAACCUAGCCAAGCCAAACAAACUCCAACUCGAGUAGAGAACAGAAUUCCUCUGGCUGAAGCUGAUUCUUCUACAUCACCAGUUCUUAUUAAAAUUGAGGAUAUUUCACAAUCUAAUCAGAUAUCAACUAAUGAAUUUAUACCUCCUAGAAAUCAUAUAGCUGAAAAUCUUGAAUCAUUUUCAUCAAUGCCGUUUUCAAGUUAUUCAUUUGAAAAAACAUUAAACGAAUUCGUAAAUUACUUACGUCAGCUAAUUAAUCAGUACAAUCAUGAGCAUUUAUUUGUUCAAUUAUUCGAACAUAUGUGCACCAUACGUGGUCUUUCAUCGAUAAAUUUAGAUCGAUUGAAACAACAAGCUCAAUCUAUAGAUGAAAAUCAAAAACAGAUCUAUAAUGAAAUAUUAGAUAAAAUUGAUCAAUCAUCUCGAUCAUUUAAAGCAUUAAUAGAAUUAAAUAAAGUAAAAAUUUCUCAUAUUGAUCAACAUUCAAUAAUUAUGAACACAUUCACUCAAUUUCAUCGAAAUUUCAACACUCUACAUGAUCAAUGGAAGAAUCACGUAAGCAAUAAAAGGCAAAGCAUAUCUCUUGACUCAACAACUCAUGGAAUAAAUCCAAAAUUAACAACUAGUUCUCCAUCGUCAUCGUCUCGACCUUCUACUGAACAACAUUGUCGAAAACAAGCAAGAGCGUUAUCCCCAUCUCCUCAGCGAUUAUCAUCACAACAGCAUUCAGAAUACAAUACUCGUAAACAAGCACGAAUACAUUCACCACUACCUCCUCCUCCUCCUCCUCCUCCUCCUCCCCCUCCUCAAACGUCAUCGUCAUCUCGAAAUUAUUUAGAUGCCAGUUACCGUAACCAAGUGCAAGCACAAUCACCAUCUCCUCGUGGACCAUCAUCGCGAUAUCAUUCAGAAAAUCAUUCUAAAAAUCCAGCACAUGUAUCAUCGUCGUUGUCUCGAAAUCCCUCAGAAAAUGAUUUCCGAACACAACUAUCAUCACCUCGUAAGUCAUCAUCUCGAUAUCAUUCUGAGACUAAUACUCAAACACAAAAACGAACAUUAUUACCAACUCCGUGCGAGACAUCGUCAUCUCGAUAUCAUUCAGAAAGCUAUUCUAAAAAUCAAGCACAUGUAUCAUUGCCAUCUCGAAAUCACUCAGGAAAUGAUUCCCGAACACAAACACGAACACAACAACCAUCACCUCGUAAGUCAUCAUCUCGAAAUUAUUCAGAAACUAAUUCACACAAGCAAACACGAUCACGAUCACCUCGUAAAUCAUCAUCACGAAAUCAUUCACAGACAAAUUUUCGUGAACAAGCUCAUGGCCAGUCAUCAUCAUCAUCCUACCGGCAUCAUUCUGAAUCUAAACAUCGGACACAAGUACGAUCACCGCCUCUGCAUCAGUCAACAUCUCGAAUAUCAUUGGAAGAUGAUACAGAUAGAAAACGGACAUUAUUUCAAGAUAUAUUAAAAUCACUUGAUUACGUAUUGGAUGUUUUACAUCGUUUACGAUUUACGGCAUUUAUUAGUCUCGUUAAAUCAAUAGUGGAUGAAAUAAAAGCUUGUCGAUCGGCUCUUAAAUUAUCUGAUUACCGAUCAGUCCAUGCUGCUGAACAAAUUAUAAUCUCAAUAGAACGUCAUCUUGCAAACAGAAUGAGAGAUGAAGAUCAUCGUGCGUCACCGCAUGGAGUAGAUCAAUCACUUCAACACGCAUUUAAUAAUACAUUAGAUUCAAUUCGAGAUUUAUUGAAUUCUCUAACUGCUUAUCAAUCACAAACACACAAAAAUAAACAACCAAAAAAAACACGUUGGUCAUCACCUAAUAUUCCAUCAUCCGUUGAAAUUAAGAAUGUUGACAUAAAACCAAUGAUUGAUUCAAAUCAAGAUGAUUCGAAAAUUGAGGAUGAUCAAAGUUCUGAAGCAUCGCACUCUUCAUUAGGAGAUGAGGUUCUGAUGGAAGUAGCGAGAGAUGCAUAUGAAAAACGACCGAAUCGACAUAAAUAA